AUGGAAAGUAUUCUGGAAACUCAGCGACGUUUGCACGAAGAACGAGAUCGCCUGAUCGAUAGUAUGACCAAAGAGUACCUUCAUGAACGCAAAUCUCACAAAGAGAAAGUAAAUGGGGAUCACCGUGUACGGCGUCUUGUUGAUCGACAUCAUGAAAUUACAAAAAAGUUGCGUCUGACAUAUGAAGAUGAUGAUAAGUCACGCAAAUUGGAAUUACGCGCCGUUGCUGGUCCAAACGAGUUUGCAGAGUUUUACUCACGUUUGAAAUCAUUAAAGGAUGCGCAUCGAAGAAAUCCAGAUGAGAUUGCUAUACCGCUAAGUUUGGAAUUUCAAAAAAUGAAUGAAGCUAUAGAAAAUAUAGAACUAGCCGAAAAAGAUCUGGUUGAGUUUACUGAUGAAGAAGGUUAUGGACGAUUUCUGGAUCUGCACACUCUUUACGAUAAAUAUAUUAAUAUUAAAGGAGUGAAGAGAAUGGAUUAUUUGGCGUUCUUGAGCAACUUUGAUCGUUGUGCGGAUAUUCCAGUGAGUUCAAAAAAAACUGGCAGCUACCGUGAAUACCUUAGCGCACUGAAAGAAUAUUUAAUUACUUUCCUCGCAAGGACACGUCCUCUGCUUAGUGUAAGUGAGGAAUUUGAGAAAGUCGACGCUGAAUUUGAUAAAAAAUGGGAAGAAGGCACAGUCCCGGGGUGGAGCCGUGAUCAGCAUAGUGCUCUGGCGCAUUCUGGUGCACACCUGGAUCUUUCGUCAUUCGAAACAGCUACCGAUUUAGAAACACUUGGACUUGAUCGUUUAAAAUCUGCGCUUGUUGCGCUUGGUUUAAAAUGUGGCGGUACGCUUAAAGAAAGGGCAGAACGACUAUUUGCAACUAAAGGACAUAAACUGAGUGAAAUGGAGAAGACGGCAUUAGCAAAGCGUCAUGAUACGGAUCAGAAGGAACAAUCCAAAUUACACCAAACAGCACGACUGGAAGCAUACAUCCAACGAUUAUCAUCUUUGUUGAGCGAUGAAAGAGAAGCCACUAAAGAAAAUGUCGAAAGAAAGCAAGCACGGGGUGUCGGUGAAAAUAUGGAGGAAGAGGAAGAUAUAAACGACAUGUCAGAUGAUGAUGAGGAUGAUAGCAUUCCAUAUAAUCCCAAAAACUUACCUUUAGGAUGGGAUGGUAAACCAAUUCCAUAUUGGCUAUAUAAGUUGCAUGGUCUCAAUAUAUCUUUUCCAUGUGAAAUUUGCGGUAAUCAAGUUUACAAAGGACCGAAGGCAUUUCAGCGGCAUUUCAAUGAAUGGCGUCAUUCGCAUGGCAUGCGUUGUCUUGGGAUUCCAAAUACGGCACAUUUUGCCAAUAUUACAAAAAUUUCUGAUGCUGUCGAACUUUGGGGAAAAAUACGACGACAAAAGGAAUCGCUAAAAUGGAACCCUGAACACGAUGAAGAGUUUGAGGAUUCCGCGGGAAAUGUCGUCAAUAAGCGAACGUUUGAAGAUCUUAAGAGACAAGGACUUUUAUGAUUAUAUCAGUGUCUAUUUCCAGUUCUCUUUAUGAAAGCAAUCCCCUCUGACCUCUAUUGUUUUAUUUCGUAAUCAUCAAAUAAACGUGAUAACAUGUAAAAGGAUAAAUUGGUGUUUCCCAAGUGAAUCAAAUUGUUAAGAUUUUCAAGGUCCAUCCACUUUAGAGAUCGG